AUGGCUCUCAAAUUUGGACAGCGUCUUUUAAUAUGGACGUUCAAAUUGGUUAACUUAUUCGUGCCAUGGCAUAAGCUACCGACCUGGUUCGGUGUGAUCAACAUUCUGGCACUUCGUUAUGAACUCCGCGAUAAGAACCUCUACGACACUUAUGACAACCCCAGUGACCAAGGAACAGCUUCGGCACCUGAAAUGCCUGAGACGAAGUAUAUCUCGGUGCGCAAUUCUGAUGGCCAAUUCAAUGACCUCGAACACCCGAAGAUGGGAGGCCGGUGUAUGCGCUUUGGUCGUAAUGUUCCACGUCAACACACGACUGCGCCGACGGAGCAGCAGCUGAUGACGCCAAACCCACGUGUGAUUAGCGAGACGCUCUUGGCACGUGAAAAUGGUACAUUUAAACCUGCCACUAUCGUCAAUCUCCUGGCUGCCGCUUGGAUCCAGUUCCAAGUCCAUGACUGGGCGCAACACUUUCGAAGCAAGAAGACCUGGGAAGUGCCGCUUGCAGAGGACGAUAAGUGGUCGGACGACAAUGGAAUGAAGAUCGAUCGAACAGAGGCCGAUGAGGUACAGAACGAACAAGACAAAACUUCACCCGGCUACCUCAACGAAAAUACACAUUGGUGGGACGGGUCUCAAAUAUAUGGCUCAUCAGAAGAGGCGACACGAAGAUUACGCGCGGACUGUGAAGAUGGUAAGAUGAAGGUUGACCUCGAGAAGGGCGGUGCCAUCUUCCUGCCCCGUGGCGCAGAUGACAUUCCAUUGACCGGUUUUAAUGAGAACUGGUGGCUCGGCUUAGAAUUGCUCCACACCUUGUUCGCCCUCGAACACAACUCUAUCUGCAACCAGCUGAGGCUUACGCAUCCGACAUGGACAAGCGACCAGCUCUUUGACACAGCAAGGUUGAUCAACUGUGCUCUAAUGGCCAAGAUUCAUACUGUAGAGUGGACACCUGCUAUACUCAAGCACCCAGCUUUACAAAUCGGUAUGGCUGCGAACUGGUGGGGAGUUGCUGGUGAAAAGCUUUGGAAGAUUGCAGGGCGAAUCUCAAAGACUAGCGAGGCCAUCAGCGGCAUUCCAGGCUCAGGCGUAGAACAAGAUGGCGCACCAUACUCUCUCACCGAGGAGUUUGUCUCGGUCUAUCGAUUACAUCCUCUCAUCCCCGAUGACGUCGCUUUCUUCAAGGUGCAGACCGGCGAACACAAUACCACGAAGACCAUCAAGAGUAUUGCUUUCGAAGAUGCACGUUCUCCCUUCGAAAAGAAUGGUUUGAGCUUUGCGGACGCAUUUUAUUCUUUUGGCAUAAACUAUCCUGGUGCAAUCACCCAUCACAACACCCCAGAGUUCCUCCGAGACCUUCAUCUACCUGAUGGUAGGCACUUGGAUAUGGGUACCGUAGACAUCCUCCGAGACCGUGAGCGGGGUGUGCCACGUUACAACGAGUUCCGCCGUCUCUUUCACAUGCCACCCGCCAAGAACUUUCUCGACCUCACUGGCGGCGACCAAAAGCUCGCCGACGAGGUCAGCGCAGUAUAUGACGGCAAGAUCGAGCUGGUUGACCUGCUUGUUGGCAGUCUCUGUGAACCAUUGCCCAAAGGCUUUGGCUUCAGCGACACAGCAUUCCGCGUCUUCAUCCUCAUGGCCAGCCGACGGCUGAAAAGCGACAGGUUCAUUGCGGGCCAAUGGAACACGGAGACUUACACGCAGGAGGGACUCAACUGGGUGCAGAACAACUCCAUGAUAGAUGUGCUGACUCGUCACUUCCCUGAUCUGCGCCCUGCUCUUAAUGGUGUUGACAAUGCCUUUGCCCCUUGGACGAAGGUUGGCUCGAGCAAGCUAUACGGCGGCAAAGAGACGAACGCUGUGCCAUUUGCUACUCCGCCGGUUACAAAUGGGUCGGAUGAGGGUGGCAAACAAAUAGUUCUCUGGAAUUACAACUGGGAAGAGGACCGAGAGUCCUUCCUCAAUAUCUGCGUCCUGAACCCUAUCUAUACUCUCGGUCGUGAUCGGCGGCUGGCGGCUGUGCUAUCACCAAGUAUCAGACUAGCUGAAUGA